CACCGAAGAAAGAUAUAAUAUAAGGAAAAUAUGCAUCUAAGGCGGGUCCGCACCAUGCCCCGCCACAGCCAGUCGCUGAGCAUGGCCCCCUACUCCUCCGUGAGCCUGGUGGAGCAGCUGGAGGACAGGAUCCUCUGCCACGAGAAAACCACGGCGGCCCUGGUGGAGCACGCCUUCCGGAUCAAGGACGACAUCGUCAACAGUCUGCAGAAGAUGCAGAACAAAGGGGGAGGCGACCGCCUGGCGAGGCUGUUCCUGGAAGAGCACAUCCGCAACAUCACUGCCAUCGUCAAGCAGCUGAACCGGGACAUCGAGGACCAGAUGUCCCUGGCUUCGUGUCAUCGGCCUCCUCGGGAGGGGCCCUGUCCUGUGCUCUUUGGGGAAAGGAAGUCCUUCAGAGAUAGAGCAAGUCUGAGAAAGAGUCGGAGAAGACACACACAUCGCCGCUACAGGGCGCCUGUGCUCUCCGCCUGCGUCUUUGGAGUGCGUUUAUGGGGUGGCCCUGGCCUGCGGGUCCCCACCCUGCUGCCAGGCCCCCCGCAGCACGCGGAGUGCCCUGCAGGCCCUUGGGACAACAUCAGCUACGGAAUCAACUCUGCCUUGAAGACCCUGGAGCUGCGGCAGCUGUCGGGGCUGGGGGACCUCCGUGGGAGAGUGGCCAGGUGUGACGCCAGCAUAGCCAGGCUCUCUGCGGAACACAAGACGACCUACGAGGGGCUGCAGCACCUGAGCAAAGAGCAGCAGGCGGCCAAGCUGAUCCUGGAGACGAAAAUCAAAGACGCAGAGGGACAGAUCUCCCAGCUGUUGAGCAGGGUGGACUUGUCCAUAUCGGAGCAGAGCACCAAGCUGAAGAUGUCCCACAGAGACAGCAACCACCAGCUGCAGCUCUUGGACACCAAAUUUAAAGGCACCGUUGAGGAGCUCAGUAACCAGAUUUUGUCUGCCCGGAGCUGGUUGCAACAGGAGCAAGAACGGAUAGAAAAAGUACUUCUACAGAGAAUCGACGAGCUGUCCGUGGCUCUUAAGGAGAACAGUGCAGCCGGCGAAAGGGACAUGGAACAGCUCAGCCACUUGUCAGCCAGGAUGGACAAGCUGGAGGACACUCAGAAGAAGAGUCUGGAAGGCCCGAGGACCAGGCAGGAGGAGGACAAGGUGCACGGGCGGAUCAGCAAGCUGGAGCUGCAGAUGCAGGAGGGCUUGCAGGACAUGAAAGCGGAGGUCAAUGCUGGGUUCACAGCCAUCUACGAGAGCAUCGGCUCCCUGCGGCAGGUGCUCGAGGCCAAGAUGAAGCUGGACCGGGACCAGCUGCAGAAGCAGAUCCAACAGAUGCACAAGCCCGAAGCCCCCCUGUGACGGGCAGCGGCCCGACCGGGAGGCGGCGCUGGGCAGCCCAGGCUCUGGGCCCCGCCAGGCUGCUCAGGGCGCGGCUGGGUGCAUGGGCCGGGCCGCCGCUUGUCCGGCCGGACGUUCACCUGGAGUCUGAACACACUCUUUCCCUAGCAUCUCCAGUACGUUUUUACCACUGUACUUCCCUUCUCUAAAUUCAGUGGAUGUCCCGCCCUUCAAAAGGCUUUGAUCCUCCUCGUUUUAUGAAUGAAAAGACUUAAUUUCUUUCAAUGCUCGAUGCUCUAACCAAGACUAAUAUUUUGAAAAAAGUCCCAGUGAGUUUUUUAAGGAGCUGAUGAGCUGUUGCAGGAAUGUGCUGCUCCAGGCCCCACCAACAGACUGUCCCGAUCGAUCAGAUUCAACCUCAGAGUCCGCAUCUGGGCUUUAUUAGCGUUGUCUGUGUGUGUCUUCUAUUGCUUAUUUUCCUGUCAGUCUUCUGUCUUUUCUAAGGGGAAGAGAUUUAACACUUGAGG